AUGGAGGUGACGGUGAAGAAACGUGACAAAUACCCAGAGUUUGCUGAAGUUGAUUACAGCAAGUCACAGAAUAAUCAGUGUACGGUGUCUGGGACUACGCGUGUGGCUUCAGUUGUCAAGAGGAUAUUUAAACAAAAACACACGCAAAAAACCAGCGACACACACAUACACAGGCCUAUCUACACUGUCACACUCACAGCUACCUACACUGUCACACUCACAGCUAUCUACACUGUCACACUAAUACCUACCUACAGUGUUACACUCACAGCUACCCACAGUGUCACACUUGCAGCUAUUUACACUGUCAUACAAAUAGCUACCUACAGUGUUACAUUCACAGCUAUCUACACUGUUACACUCACAGCUACCUACACUGUCACACUCAGAGCUACCCAGU